AUGGUACAGGAAGCCAAUAGUGCGGGGAAUGAUUCCGGUACACUGUCGCCAACCCCGCAACAUCGACGCGGCUAUCAAGCAUGCGACCCUUGUCGCAAGCGUAAGGUCAAGUGCGAUUUAGGCAGUGUCGAUAACCCUCGACCCCCACCUUGUGUGCGCUGUCGCCGUGAAAGUAAAAGAUGCGAAUUUUCAUCUACCCGUCGCAAACGCAGGGCCUCCGAGGCCGCGGAGGAGGAGGAGGAAGUGGAUAUUCUCCGUCGCGAUAAGCGUAUGAUGAUCGGAGAGGCUGAAGCGAAAAAAGAACCUAAAAAUGAUCCAUCCCCGUUUCUUCAGCAUGAGGCUUCAUUUGAUAUAGAUUCUUUUCGCCCUCGUCAGAGAUGGUCUGAUGCUUCAGCUACAGCAGCUCCUGUUGCCACCGCCACUGCUGCUCCAAGAUACACACCAAGUGCCCCGAUAACAGCACCUGCUAGACAUUUUCUCGAGUCCAGAAAUAACCGACUGCAAACAUAUCCGGCCGGCGAUCGAAAUGCGAAAUCUGUAUACGCGGGACCCCCAAUGAUGAACAGAACGGCAGUAGAACUGUUAUCGCCUGCAAUCACUAAUUCUCACGAUGCUCUUCAUCUACUUUCUGAAGCCGCUGGAAGGACGGAGGAUCUGAACAGGUUCGCUGCCAGACAAUCGGUUUCUUCCUUUAAUUCUGGCCCUUCACCCUUGGCCAACAUAAGUUCUCCCGGGAACGGGUCUUUUUCGCGGACUCCUCGAUCGGGUAUAUCUGGUGGAAAUGGCUUCUAUCAAGCUGCUGGCUCGGGUAUCGUAGAUCCUCAGAUUUCAGAUGAUAUUGGGCCCCGAGAAGGUUCAGCCAAUGCCGAAGACCCUGGUUACGCUGAUGCCUUGAAGGCAUGGUCACGGUUGCGAUUCGUCCGUGCCGGAUGGAUGACGGUGGCAGAAGGAAUGGAGUAUGUGGCGUAUUACUACAAGAACCUCUCACCGAUGAGUCCUGUAGUAACCCCUGAUUACUCUGAACCUUCUACUCAUCGCACUCUGCUCACUGAUGAACCGGUGCUGGCCGUUACCAUUCUUACCAUUGCGUCGCGGCAUCUGAAGCCUAAAGGUGAUGGAGCAAGUACGCGAGCCUUUUACAUACACGACCGUCUGUGGUCAUACUUGCGCGGUAUGAUCGAACGUCUUUUUUGGGGUCAAGAAAAGUUCGAUGCCGGAGGCCCAGGCAUUGGUAAACCAAAAGCUCUGGAUCUUGCCCCAACAUCAAGCAGGCCCAAUGUUAAAGGUAAUCUGAGAGCACUGGGCACUGUAGAGGCUUUGUUGAUUCUGACGGACUGGCAUCCACGAAAUCUUCACUUUCCUCCGGGCGAUGAUGAAAACACAUUACUCGACACUGAGGCGCAGUCGCAAAACCGCAACGACAAGGAUGCGGAUAAUGACGAUCAAACGGGUAGCAGGAGCACGUCCCAGGAAGGAAGGCUUGCUUUCCAGAAGUGGUUAGAACCUGCCUGGCGCUCAGAUCGAAUGUCGUGGAUGUUGUUGAGCACGGCACAGGCUUUGGCAUUUGAGCUUGGUGUUUUCGACUACAAAACCGAGUCAAAAGUAGCACCCGAUACGUCUCCCGAACAAGCGCGGAAGCAUAGAUUGCGCCGGCUGAUUCUUGUAUUUAUUACUCACAGCAGUGGGCGGCUAGGAAUUCCUUCGAUGCUUCCUUUGCCUGAGUGGGGCCAAGAUAUGCAGCCGACUACUGCUGAUGCGAGUGAUGGCGAUUCAGAUCUAGAUCAGAUGCAGGACUGCUGGAUGGGAAUUUCCAAAAUUGUGUAUCAGGCCAAUCAUCAGCUGUUUGCAUCAAGUGAACAGACUUCGGAAUUAAUCAGGAGUGGGAGGUACCGCGAGCAGAUCGAUUGGUUCCAACCUCAACUCCGGGCGUUCCGACAGCAAUUGGAUCGUGUCAAUCUUACACCGGCUAUGCGAAGUAUACUGAUGAUUGAGUAUGAGUACACAAGGUUAUAUGUCAACUCUCUCGCUCUUCAGGCUGUUGUUGACCGCUGGACGACCAUGUCGAAUGAGCAAUCCCAAAUUAGUGGAUCUAAUUCGGGACCAUCAGCUGGUAGCAAUGGCUGGUUCCUUACAUUGAUGGAGUUAUAUCGUGUCAACGAGCAAUACAUUCAGGAAGUAGUGGACUCCUCGCGCCGAAUCCUGCAGGUCGUCUUAGAAGGACUUGUUCCUGGAGGUCGUCUCAAGCAUGCACCGAUCCGAACGUUCUUCCGUAUUUUGUCUGGCAUGAUAUUUAUCUUAAAAACGUUCACUUUGGGUGCUCGUGAAGACGACGUGCGAGUCUCAUUGGAUCUUCAAGACCGCACUGUAGAGGCACUUCAGACCUAUGUCGUUGAUGAUGUCCACAUCAGUAACACCGUUGCUCGCUUGCUUGAGCUACUCACUAGCAGCAUCCGUACCCGCUUCUUACGCUUCGCUCCACAUGACCGAGGCGUGGAUGGUGACGGACAGAACUCAGCCCCAGUUUUACGAGGUCUUUCCCCGCCGCGUGAGAGCGUUUCGGGUCGACGUGAGGGCUUCCAAACAGCCUGGUCCCAGGACGCAGGUACUAACGGAAACGGCGCGGAAUACGUAGACACAAGUGGCACCAGUGGAAAUCCGCUUGGAUCAGCUCAUGACCCGCUGGCCAACAUUCCUGCCCAGACGAUUAACUCUUCAAACAUGAAUGUAUCCUUCAUGCCGCCUCCCCCAUCAGUGUAUUACAAUUAUUACGAUUCCAAUACAAGCAUCCCUCAGAAUGACCUCGAUCGGUCCGCCUCAGCGCACGUCAUGUCCUCCCAGGCAGUCAGUGACAACAACGGGACAAAUUCAUCCACCGGAGCACUACCGGAUUGGUUUGCCCUUCCGCUAGACCAAUUUUUCAACAGUUCUACUGGAGUCGUUGACCACGGUCUAGGCGGUACUGGGCCGAUGCUAGGCGAGUUUGACAUGCUAGAGGUUCUACUUAACGAAGGCUACGACGGAAAUCUCGGCGAUGGUGAAUCCGGAGGACUGAACUCGCAAUAUCCGCCUCGACGGCCCUGA